CCCGGUGUGGUGAGCCCUAGAUGGUUGAAAACACCAUGGAUGUCCUAGUUCUUGGUGCUGUUGUGCUGGUCCUGACUGUUGUGGUGUACCUGGUGGCCACGCUGGGCACCAAGGAGACACCAUUUGAAGAUGUUGCUAACCAACGUCAAAAGUUUGAAACUGCACACAGCAAAACAGAGAAGCAACAAAAGAAGCCCAAGGUAAAGAAGCCAAAAGGUAAAAAGGAGGAAGGUGACCAAGCUGGAUCUACAUCAGCACAGGAAGUAGAGGCGGAAUGUGAACCAACUAAAUCGCCACCAGCACCGGAGCCUUCACCAUCACCCCAGCCCAGUCAGGAGCAGAAGAAAGAGAGAAAAAAGAAGAAAGAACAGGAAGAUGCAGGUAGUGAAGAAGUUCAGGAGAAGGUUGUUAAAGCAGAAGUAAAGAAAACUGAAUCUGCUGCCAGCCGUGCCACUGCUUCUGCUACUCCCGCUCCUGCCUCCUCAGCUGCCACUCCAUCACCAUCUGCCAAGGAAACCAAGGCUGCUGCUAAGGAAGCUAAGACCAAUGUUAAAAGCGCUGCUAAGGACACCAAUACAUCUGGCAAAGAACCAAAGAAUGCCUCUAAGGAAGCAAAGGCUGCUGCUAAGGAAUCAGUUGCUCCAGCUAAAGAAACAAAGGCUUCCAAAGAAACAAAAGCCGCUGCUAAGGAAACAAAUGCUGCUGCUAAAGAAACUAAUGUAAAUACUAAAGAAAUGAAGGAGUCCAAGGCAAAGGCCACAAAAGAAGCUGUAAAGGAAUCAAAGGCCACUGUUGUUGACAUGCCGCUCAUUAGUGAACAAGUUAGCGGAUCUGAUGCUGUUGAUGUCUCACCUGCUGCUGAAAAGGGAAGCUCACAGGAAAAGAAGAAGAAGAAGGAAAAGAAAAAUGAUAUCACAUCCAUGAGUGAGUCCAAGCUGCUUCCCAUGGUGCAACGGGCUCCACUCUCAGGAACAGAGAUACAGACCCUGAUUGAUGUACUCCUCAACAAGCAGCAACAAAACAAUGCUGGGGGUGAUUGGGUUAAGAAGGGUCGCGUUGAUCCAAUCACACAGCUCAGGAGACAGCUGGAAGAGGUGGAGAACAGGCUUCGUGAUAAGGACGAAGCACACUCUGCCUUGUCUGCCAAAAUUACUGAUCUGUGUGGUGAGCUUCACGGAGAAAGGUCACGAUCAGCUAAGCUGAAAACCCAGCUGGAAGACACCAUUGCAAACUACACUCGCCAGCAGGAAGUAGCUGCUGCAAAUGCAAAAUCAACCCAAACAGCUCGCCUCAAUGAGCUGCGUGCAACAUUAGAGCAAGAGUAUCAAAUAAAAUUCCAGCAGCAACAGCAGUUGGUGGAACAGUUACAGAAUACCACCAAUGAUCAAGAGGCUGCUGCUCUUCGUGCUUCCCUCAAUGAAGCAGAAAUGCAAGGAAAGAUAAUAAAGCAAGAGCAUGAAGUGCUGACACAAAGAUGUCAGCAAUAUGAAGAGCAUAUACGAGCACUGGAAGAAAAAAGAGUUGGGGAUGAUGCAUCACGUAAUGCACAGCUGACAGAGCUUCAGAUAAAGCUUCAGAAUAGUGAUGCAGCUCGAGCUCAAGCAUUAGCAGAAUUGUCAGCAAUGGAGAGUGAGCGGGAAAAUAUGAGAGCACAGAUAACAAGUAGUAAUACCAAAAUAGCACAAGUACAACAAUGUAUGCAGGAGAAAUUGCGGGAAAAGAGUGAAGUUGAUUCCAGACUGAGUCAGAUGGAAUCAGAACUUUGUAGUGUACGGCAAGUCGUCGUAGACCAAAAUAUUCAAAUUGAGCGAUUAAAGGAGGAAAAAGAAUCAUUGGCAUCUCAGAGUGUCCGUCCAGCAGCUGAAGGGCAAGAGAAUGGUGAUGUUCAUGCUGAGCACACCCCAGCCCCUGAUACUGCACUCCUACAAUCUUUAUUGAAGGAGAAAGAACAAACAAUAGAAGAACAAGUAACAGAACUAACCAGCCUAAAAAAAGAGAUCACUAGAUUAAAAGAAGAUCUGGAGGGUCAAAGAGAAAAGAACAAUGAGUUGCGUGAAAAGAACCACAAAGUCCUGGAGGCCUUAACGAUCACAGAGGAAAAACUGAUGGCUAGACUCAAGCAGGUGGAUGAAGCCACUGGUGUAGUGGAAGAGGAAAAAGCAAAGGUUCGUGCCGUCCUAAGAAGAAUUUUCCCUGAGGUUGUCGUCGAUGAUGCUCUGGCCCUUCCUGUUAGGAAAAAGACAUAUCAGGACCAAGGGGCAUUCUUGAGUGAGUUUGAAACCAAGGCAUUGCAAGUUGCAACUCAAACUGCCCAGCCAGCUAAACCUGAGGUUGUAGAAGUCAUAAAGUAUGUGGAGAAAGAAGUCAAAGUGGAAGAUCCAGCCCUCAAAAUUGAAGUUGAAAAACUCUCAAAAGAAAAUGCUGAACUGAAAACACAGGUGGCAAAUCUCCAAGAAGAUUCUGCAUCAGCAGCUAAUGACAGUGAAAGAGUCCAAGAAUUGCAGAAUGAGAUUAGUUCAGUCAAUGAGAAAGUUGCCCACUACCAGACAGUUCUAGCAGAUACUGAAAAUCUACUUAAGUCACUGCAAGCAUCAGUCGAGUCUGAAGAGGUGGCUUGGAAGAAACGUUUAUCUGAUAAGGAGGAAGAUCUACAUCAGUUAGUGGAAGAGAAAAGAAAUCUUGAGCUACAAUUGAAGGAACUAGAAGGUUACUUGGAGAAAGAACAACAGUCAGACAAUGCUGCAGCAGAAACUGUUGGGGUGGAGUUUGCAUUUACUUGCUUAGAGAAAACUCUUCCCACUGUAGUUACUACUAAGACACUUAAGAUUGAGUCACUACAACAACAGUUGCAAACAGUAGAGCUAGAAAAGGAAUCAAUUCAAGAAAAAUUGCAACAAGCAGAAGAGCAACUUGCUAGAACUUCCACCCAAUAUCAUGUGCAGGGUGGUGGUAAUAGUGAAGAAAGUAUACUGGAGCUGAAGGCAGACAACGAAAAGCUGCGAGCACUGGUCACUGUUGGACAGGAUGCCAGCCGUCAACAAGAGCAGCUCAUCGAACAGUUGCAGAAGGAGCUUACUGCUGCUAAGGCAGCCCUGGCCGCUAGCCGUGUGAGUAAAAUGGGCUACAUGGUUGGUUGGGUGGGACGCAACAGCAGGAAUACCUCAACCACCACCAUCAACAACAUCAAUCCGCUGGAACAGCAGACCUCAAGCACAAAUGGACCUGUGAAUGAAGAACAGUGUCAAGAGGACGACUCCCUGCAGGGCGACACUGCCAGUCUCGUGUCUGCUUCUUCUGCCUCAGUUACUGAUCCUAACUCCUCUCUGUCUCAGUCAGAGGCUCCUACUAAAAAACCUAAAAAGAAAAGGAAGGGUAUAUUGGGGAAACUAAUGGGCUAAAGCACUGACCCUUAAGGGUGCGAGUGCAGCACAGUAAGAUGCAACUCAGAAAACAUUCCAACAUGGCCUGCAUGACCUUCACCAACAAUGGCUCUCGUCCAGGUUAGGCCGCAGUUGGUGUGUCCACAAACACCAGUAUGGUUUCUGCCAUGAAGAUAUUUCCACUUUAUAUUCAUAUUUUGUACCAACAUUUUUUGUAGGAAGAGUUAUUGAAAUAGAUUCAUGGCAGGUUGGGACCACAUCUGGGUAAGCCUACAGAGGUGCAAUAUGAGUACUGUGUAUCAAUUUCCAAGCCAUAAAAAAAAAAUAACAUUGGUUGGUAAAUUUUGAUGAGGCAGUUGAUUGAAAAAAGAAAAUCUUUUCUCCAUUCAAAGGCAUGUUAAGUAGGCUGUUCACUUGGUUUAGAGGUAGGUAUGUAAUUAUAUGUAUACACAUUGACCAAAGGAGGGUAUUUUUCAAGUGCAAUGUUCCCUAUGAUGAUAAAAGAUAGAAGAGCCUUGUCAGACAGUCGGAUCACCUAUUUUGAUGCUAAUGGGGAAAACUUUUGAUUUUGGGUUUCCAGAAAACUUUGUAUGUCAUGAGCUUAGAUUUACAAGCAGAGUGUGUACUGAAGGAGACAGUGAGGUGGCACACUGGGUCACCUUUGUUUGUUUUUUAUUAUUAUUUUUUUAGGGGGCAUUUGGAUGGCAUUGAUUUAGUGUGCUAUAUUCCUUUAGAUACUCUUCUUAUUUUCUAUACAGUACCAUUUCUGGCUUCUAAGCAGCAGGAACAGUCUUAUUAAACUCUUCAAAACAA